CUGAGUGUGCUAAGCAUUGGCGAAACAGGCUAAUGAAGCCGGGACAAGUCCUUCCGUGUGUAUCGACCUCUAAUCCCGGCGGGCGGGUCGUCUAUUCCUAACGUGUGUAUUUCUGGAGACCCCAAGAUGUGAAGGGCUGCAGGAACUAUGCUCUCCCAGAGUCUCUUCGGAGUGCGGAUCCCUUGGCUUAGGCCACGUUCCCACUUCCUCUAAACCCUUUCCCCAACCAUGUAAGGAGAGGCAGCUGCUGGGGGCGUCCCCAGGAUCUAAAGAUAGCGGCCCCUGCCUCGGAUUCCAAACGCCUCGGGGCAGCGGGAGCCGCCAUGGCACGGCAGCAUGCUCGGACCCUGUGGUACGACAGGCCCAAGUAUGUGUUCAUGGAGUUUUGUGUUGAGGACAGCACCGAUGUCCACGUGCUCAUCGAAGACCACCGCAUUGUGUUCAGCUGCAAGAAUGCCGAUGGAGUGGAGUUUUAUAAUGAGAUUGAGUUCUAUGCCAAGGUGAACUGCAAGGACUCGCGGGAUAAGCGCUCUGGCCGCUCCAUUACUUGCUUUGUGAGGAAAUGGAAGGAGAAGGUGGCCUGGCCCCGACUCACUAAGGAGGAUAUCAAGCCAGUGUGGUUGUCUGUGGAUUUUGAUAACUGGAGAGACUGGGAAGGGGAUGAAGAAGUGGAGCUGGCUCAGAUGGACCAUUACGCAGAGCUUUUGGAGAAGGUCACCACCAAGAGGCCUCCCCCUGCAAUGGACGACCUGGAUGAUGAUUCUGACAGUGCGGACGCAACAGAGGCAAGCCUCUUCCUGUCUAUAGCUCCUCUCCAGUGGAGAGGUGGGUGUCAGAGAUCCUGGCCCUUACUGUCGAGAAUGGAAGAAGAAAGAUGUUGGGAGCAGACCUGUAACCAAGCUGGGGAACUUUCCCAUGCCCAGAUCUUCAGAGCAGAAACCAGCCUUUCACUUGAUAGCUAAUACUGCCACCUCUAGAACCAGCCAGAAACCCACCUUAGCUUCCUGCAUACUCCAGAAAUAUCUUUACAUGUUUGGGGUUUUUUUUGCACUUAAAAAAAAGUUAGGCCAUUUACUGGCACUAGGAGAGCAUUCCUUUAAAUAUCUUUACACUUUUAAAGCUAAUUGUUACAUUAGUUAAUGCCUAUGUCUGUUUACUACUCUAUUCACCAGCUACCCCAUUCAUCCACAGACAUUUUCUGAGGGCCCAGUGUGUACUUAAAUUGUGACUUAAACAAAAUGCAACACUCAGGCUUUGCCCUUGAAUUCACGGUAAAGUACUGAGAUUUGUUAAAAAAAAUUAAAAUCUAAAGUUUAUUUCAGUAAUAUAUGGACAUAGUUUAAAAAAUUAAAUAGUAUAGAAGGGUGUAAAAUUUAAAGUA